UGCAUUUGAAAGUGCGCCAUGAGCAAAAAAGCCGCCGUCGCCGCAACCCCUGCUGCUGCCGCCUCCACCGCGGACAAGGAACAUGAAGAACGCACCGACGUAGAAGAAGACGAAGAAGAGGAAGAACCUUCUGUUGAGGAAGAGGACAAGAGCAAGGCAGAAGAAGCCAGCGCCAUGAACAGCAUGAACGACACGAACGAUGACGACAACGAUGACGACGUCGACGUGGGUACGCUCAGGAAGCUACUCACGUCUCUCAAAGUUCAAGAAGAACAAGACAAGGAAGCGACGGUGAAGCGGGAGAAGGAGCUGGCGGCGAUCAAGGUGAGCAAGGAGGACGUUGCGUUCGUCGUGUCCGAGCUCCUGCUUACCCCCGCGCAGGCCGAGCGCAAGCUGCGCGAAGCCCAUGGUGAUCUCCAUGGGUGUUUGAAGUCGGCUCUGCGACUGCCGUAGUGACAGCACAUCUAAUGUUAACCUACUUUUCUAUUGCGA